AUGUCGUCUCACAUGUCGGGAGAAGGCUCACACAGCUCCCAAAACUCGCCUGUAUCCCCAAAGAAAAAGGCCAAAACCAGCGUCAAAGAUCCACACUGGGCCGAUAUUACCGAUCCUGAGCAGCGUCGACGCAUUCAAAAUCGCAUUGCGCAACGCAAAUUUCGAGAAAAGGCGAGAGAAAACAGAGAGAUUAAAGAGCGCCAGAUGCGAGAUUUAGAGCACGCCGGCAACAGCUAUCGCAUUCCCACCGCGACCGACAUCAUGGGCGACGGCACCGUGUCCGGUCUGCCAUGGGGCAGCGUCAGCCUGGGCCACGUCGUGUCGCGAGGCCACGAGGCCGAGAGCAAGCGCAGCAGCAGCGGGCGCAAUACCUACAACGGCGAUGCCAGCAGCAACAGGUCCAGCAACAAGUCCAGCAACAACAACAUCAACAACUACACCCUCGCAUCGUAUGGCCAGGUAGCCGCCCAGCCCGUCAGUUACGGUGUCGCCGCCGCCGCCGCCUCCGAGGGUCAAGUAAUGGAGGAUUCGCCAUAUUUUUACGGCAUUGGUCCGCCUCUGAUGCCGGCAUUUUUCACGCAAUCUUAA